GCGAAAAUCUUCAACGACAGCCGCCCAAAUGAAUGGAAUGCCGACCUACGCCUGGCACAGUCGUCUGAUAGGCUGCCGUCCCCUCCUGCACAGGGUGAAAGAGAACAAACGAGCCGAGCCGAGCCGAGCCGAGCGCGAUCAACGGGCGAGGCCGAGGACGGGGCUCCGUGUAAACGGCGCCGCGUCCGACGAUGACGGCACUCGAACGCCGCGGUUGGUUCGCGGGAGAGACACAGUGACCGAACGGGACAUCGGGAUUCGCUGGGCUGUUGGCCGCGCGUGUGACGACGACGACGACGACGACGCCGACGACGCCGAGUGUUGCCGAGCGUAAAUAGUGCCGCUGGAA